AUGUCGACCGGAACCUUCGACGCCAACCAGACGCAGAACUUGCCAGAGAUCGAGAAGCAGAUGGCUGUUCGAUGUGUCGAGCACGCUCAGACCUACUGGAACUUGUUGGAGAAGAUCAAGCCUUCGACCCUUCGAUUGACAAAGCUGGACGAUGAGAUGUACGAGGACUUCCAAGCCACCUUCCCAGAGUUCUCCGAGUCGGCAGGUCCUCAAUCGGUAGCCAAGAUUGACGAGGAAGCGAUGAAGAGCCCAGCAGGUAAGGAGAAGUGGAGGCUUUUCAUCAACAAGUACGAGAACAAGGUCGCCGACUACAACUUCGGCACCUUGAUCCGCACUGACGCUUCGGACGAGUACACCCAGUUCAACACCACUUUUGUCACACGUCUUCAAUUCUACGUCUACGAAAUCGCUCGCUGCCGUCGGGGCCUCAACGAUUGGGUCUACGAGAAGGCUCAGAAGGAGGCCGCUAAGGAGAAGGCCAAGAAGGCUUCCGAAUCGUCCAAGUAA